AUGCCUCAAGGAGGGAGACGGGGCCCCCGGAAAUCUGCUGUUUGUCUGCCAGCAGCAGCAGCAGCAGAACAGCUCGAAGCGGCAGCAGCAGACACAGGGCAGCAGUUUUCUGCUGCUGAUCGGCAGCAACUCGCAGCAGCAACAGCAGCAGCAGCAAAAGGGCAGCAGCAGCGUCAGCAGCAGCAGCAGCUGCAGCAGCAGCAGCAACGGCCGCAGCAGCACACAGAGAUGCAGCAGCGGAAGCAGCAGCAGCAGCAGCAAGGGCAGCUGCCGAGGAGUCGCCUGUGGGGUCUGUUGCAGCAGCAGCAGCAGCAGCAGCGGCAGCAGCAGCAGCAGCAAGCGACGCUUCUGCAGCAGCAUCCGCAGAGAGCGGAGCAGCAACAGCAGCACCAGAUGCAGCAGCAGCAGCUGCGUCGCACAGCCAAACCAGGAGGCAGCUGA